CCACGGGAAGACUACACUUCCCAGCGAUCCCAGGGAAAAGCGAAAACCCUUUGGCUUUGACAGCCGCUGCCACAAGUCUUUCCGUCUCCCCAGGCUGCCUGGGAGCUGGGAGCGGGAUUAUGGUGGCCUGAGCUGCAAACGCAGCUGUAGGAGCCCGGAGCCCCUGACCCUUCCCCUGCUGCCGCCCCGCCAGGAGGACCAGGAAAGCAGCCUCCGACCUGCCAUGCCCGCCCCGCCCAGCCCCCCGGGGGGCCCGAGCCGGCCUCUCCCGGACCUCUGUUGAGGUUGGACCGCUGGCCAGAUGUAGCCAGGCUCCGGAUCCGUCUUCUCCCCUCCUGUCUCUCUGUGGAUCUCUCCUGCCCGCUCCCCACAGCCUGGAGCCAGGGCUGGCCGAGGGGCCUGCAGGCGCUGGAGCCCUGAUGUCUCACCGUUCACUCUCCUGAGAAGCCACCUCCAGCGCCCAGAGUUGGGGUCAGGCCACAGGGACGGUCGCAGGCUGGAGUGAGCCCAGAGCGCCCCAAGGCCAGGGCCCACCAUGGCCCAAGUGCUGCCCUGGCUCCUGCUGUGGAUGGGCUCUGGGGUGCUGCCUGCCCACGGCUCCCAGCCUGGCAUCCGGCUGCCCCUGCGAAGCGGGCUGGGGGGCGCCCCCCUGGGGCUGCGGCUGCCCCGGGAGACCGACGAGGAGCCCAGCCGGAGGGGAAGCUUUGUGGAGAUGGUGGACAACCUGAGGGGCAAGUCCGGUCAGGGCUACUACGUGGAGAUGACCGUGGGCAGCCCCCCACAGACGCUCAACAUCCUGGUGGACACAGGCAGCAGUAACUUCGCAGUUGGGGCCGCCCCCCACCCUUUCCUGCACCGCUACUACCAGAGGCAGCUGUCCAGUACAUACCGCGACCUCCGGAAGGGCGUGUAUGUGCCCUACACCCAGGGCAAGUGGGAGGGGGAGCUGGGCACCGACCUGGUGAGCAUCCCCCACGGCCCCAACGUCACCGUUCGUGCCAACAUCGCUGCCAUCACUGAAUCAGACAAGUUCUUCAUCAAUGGCUCCAACUGGGAGGGCAUCCUGGGGCUGGCCUACGCUGAGAUCGCCAGGCCUGACGACUCCCUGGAGCCAUUCUUUGACUCGUUGGUAAAGCAGACCCACGUGCCCAAUCUCUUCUCCCUGCAGCUCUGUGGUGCUGGCUUCCCCCUCAACCAGUCGGAGGUGCUGGCCUCAGUUGGAGGGAGCAUGAUCAUCGGGGGUAUCGACCACUCGCUGUACAUGGGCAGCCUCUGGUACACACCCAUCCGGCGGGAAUGGUAUUACGAGGUGAUCAUUGUGCGGGUGGAGAUCAAUGGACAGGAUCUGAAAAUGGACUGCAAGGAGUACAACUAUGACAAGAGCAUCGUUGACAGUGGCACCACCAACCUUCGUCUGCCCAAGAAAGUGUUUGAAGCUGCUGUCAAAUCCAUCAAGGCAGCCUCCUCGACGGAGAAGUUCCCAGACGGUUUCUGGCUCGGGGAGCAGCUGGUGUGCUGGCAAGCAGGCACCACCCCGUGGAACAUUUUCCCGGUCAUCUCACUCUACCUAAUGGGUGAGGUCACCAAUCAGUCCUUCCGAAUCACCAUCCUUCCACAGCAAUACCUGCGGCCAGUGGAAGAUGUGGCCACAUCCCAAGACGACUGUUACAAGUUUGCCAUCUCACAGUCAUCCACGGGCACUGUCAUGGGAGCCGUUAUCAUGGAGGGCUUCUACGUUGUCUUUGAUCGGGCCCGGAAACGAAUUGGCUUUGCUGUCAGUGCUUGCCAUGUGCACGAUGAGUUCAGGACAGCAGCGGUAGAAGGUCCUUUUGUCACCCUGGACAUGGAAGACUGUGGCUACAACAUCCCACAGACAGAUGAAUCGACCCUCAUGACCAUAGCCUAUGUCAUGGCUGCCAUCUGCGCCCUCUUCAUGCUGCCCCUCUGCCUCAUGGUGUGUCAGUGGCGCUGCCUCCGCUGCCUGCGCCAUCAGCACGAUGACUUUGCUGAUGACAUCUCCCUGCUGAAGUGAGGAGUCCCACGGGCAGAAGAGAGAGAUCCCCCUGGACCACAUCUGGUGGUUCGCUCUGGUCACAAGGAGGAGACACAGAUGGCACCUGUGGCCAGAGCACCUCAAGACCCUCACCCACCCACAAAUGCCUCUGCCUUGACAGAAAAGGAAAAGCUGGCAAGGUGGGUUGCAGGGACUGCACCUGUAGGAACCAGGAGAGGGAAGAAAGAAGUGCUCUGAUGGCGGGAAUACCCUUGGUCACCUCAAACUUGAGUUGGGAAAUUCUGCUGCUUGAAACUUCAGCCCUGAGCCUUUGUCCACCAUCCCUUUAGAUUCUCCAACCCAAAGUAUUCUUCUUUUCUUAGUUCCAGAAGUAAGGUGACCCCAGUGUGUGUCUCUGCAGUACCCUAGCAGAGAAAGGGCCAAUCUUGUUUCCCUGCUGGCCACAGUCAGUGGGAAUGGACGCACCGUUUGCUGUUUGCUUUAGAGAUAGGGACUGUAUAGACAAGCCUAUAACAUUGGUGCAAAGACUGCCUCUUGAAUUAAAAAAUAAUUUAAAAAUAAUUUGUACAAAUAAUUUGUACAAAUGGGGGUGGCUGGACGAGGAGAAGGAGAGGGAGUGCAAAGACAGGGAAGCUGGGAUCAAAGCGAGGCAAGGCCAGAACAUGACCGCUCGCCAGUCCCAGUUUUAGACGGCAUCUCCAAGAUAAGAAUCCCACCUUCUAAGAUGGGUGUUGCUUCCCAAUGUCUUCUUUUCUGUGGUUGCAGCCUGACCAAAAGUGCGAUGGGAAGGAGGGCUUCUCUAGCCAAAAAGCUCUUUUUAACUCUCUUAAAGGAAAAGUGCCCACUAAAACGUUCCGUCUAACAAAUGAAUUUCUACCUUAUUAAUUCCUUGUCCCUACCUGAACCUUCUACCGUACACGUGACUGGUAGCACUGAAACAUCCCCAACCCUGGAAGCCCCAGGUGCCCUAUGGGAAAGCAGCUGGAAUAGAGCAAAUAUAACAGGGCUGCACUUUGUCUUCCUGGCUACCUGUUCACCCCCUCCCCCAGUCCUAUUUCUCCAGAGCUUUGUAGCUGAGGUGCUAAGAAUAGAUAGGAAACCUCUCCUAUCUAAUCCUUGAAAGCAGACUCUUGAAGAUUCAUUCAACAGGGAUAGAGUUGAUGCCCUAUACCCCCUGCCUGGAGUUCCUCCUGUUCAGCUGUAAGUGGUAGUAAGAUCUUGACAUAAUACAGAGCAGUUUCGUUGCCUUCUCCCUGUCUCUAAGGUCUCCCUCAUUUAUUCGGCUAAGGCAUCCCACAGUGGCACUAGUAUUAUACCAAGAAUGUCAGGAACACAGGCUUUCUGGCUCCACCAGCAUCGCAUUCAGUAUCAAGGCUGCGUGGAAAAAGGAUGACAGCCUCCGGGCUUCCUAAUUCCCUUCACCACAAGAGCCCCUGAUGGAGGCCAUCCUUUGCCCCUAUCCUGCUCUUUAUUCCCCGCUCCUAAUAGUACUUGGGUACCCAGGCUGGUUCUUGGGCUAGACAGUGGGGACCAAGUUCAUUUCCUCCCUAUCAGUUCUAAGCCAGUCGACUAUGAUACCAGUGUUAAUGGGAAGAGCUGAAUUUUCUUACUAUUCCACUGGAUCCUAUUCCUCUCUGGUCAACACACUGCUUCCAAGUAUGGGACCCUCACAGCGUAGAAUUACCUGAUGAGGGAGAGGGAAAUACAAAGAGGGCCUCUGGAGAUCCUGGCCUCGGCCAGCUGCCCACAAGCCAUAAACCAAUAAAACAAGAAUACUGAGUCGCAGUUUUUUAUCUGAGUCCUCUUCAUUCCCACUGCACCUGGUGCUGCUUUGGCUGACGGGGAACACCCCAUAACCACAGAGACUGACAGGAAGACUGGAGACUGUCCACUUCCAGCUUGGAACUUACUGUGUAAAUAAACUUCCAGAACCGCUACCGUGAAAUGAAAAUGCCACAUUCCACUUUAUAAUUUCGACCCACGUUGGGGAAAACCGGUUUUUCCCCAGCUCUUUCCAGGGUAUAAAACUCAACCCCUUCCUUAGUAAGUCUCAUUGUCCUAUUUUUUUCGUUGAAAGAGAAAACUUAUACUUAUUUUUCUUUUAACAGUUUCUUCCUUUCUACCCUGAAACCGUGAACUCUGAAGUGUAAAAAAAAAAUCUAGACAACAGCUUCUUCCUUGUAAAAAUAUGUAUUCUAUAUUUCUAUUUUUAAAUUCUAUGCCAGAAAAAUGACUGUCCCAUCUCCACUCCCUGCAUCAGGGGCCUUCCCCAGGGGUCUGCACAGCUUGUACCAGUGCAGGCCAGUGGAGAGAGGGAAAAGGGAGAACGAGGGUGGCCAAAACUUAACUGUUGCUUUCGGAUUGAUCCUGAACAAGAAGGAGCAAAGAGCGACGAUGAGUCCCGGCCCCCACGCACACCCUCCACCACACUGUCUUCCUGCUGCAGCUGGUUUCCAGGGGCUUUCACUAGGAAGCAGUUAAGCCCCCCAUCCCCUCCUGUUUUCUCUUUUCUCCUUUGGUGUCAAAGAUUUGUAGAAAAGAAACAGGAUAUUUUUUAGACCCACUUCUAAUUUCUAUAUUUUCAUUGGAUACUGAAAAAUACUGCAAGUGGCCCAAAGGCUGCUGCAAAGUUAAGGGGAGAUAAAAUCUUAAGAUUACAAGAUAAAAAAUGAAUCCCCCCCCCCCACCAAAUGAAAAGAACAAAAGAACUGGUCUUCCAUUUUGCCACAUUCCCUGUUCAUGAUGGCUACCAAACUAGAGUCAUUAAUAUUUCAUUAACCAAAGAAAGUGGCUCAUCUGACCUCUACAGUGGGGAGUACUCAGGCCAUUUCCAUCACCCUAAAAGAUGCCAAGGAGAUCCCAGGAAAUCCAUUUCCUUACACUGUUGCCAGUCAAUAAACCGGGAAAAGUAAGACCAGAGAAGAGAAAGAGUAUGUUCAUGAGCUGCUAGGCAAGGAUGAAAGACAAGGAAGAGUAACAUAAAGAGAGAGGAGAGAAUUAUUUGGCUCUGAAAGGAAAAAUCUUUGCUACCCUCAUAUGUACUACUAGUGCGAGUAAGCAUUUCCAGGUCCCAGAAUGGGAAAAAUUCACCUGUUGGUAAUAUAAUAAUAUCCUUUCCUGGAGCUAAUUUUUUUUUAUUACUGCUUAAUUUUUACUUGUUUAAUUCCAAAAGAGAAGGGAGCUGAAGCCAUUUCCAUUAGGAGUAAAGAUAAAGCGACAGGAAAGGAUUCAAAGCUGUAAUAGAAACGCAGCUUUCCUCGGUAUAAACCUAGAAACUGGAAGUGCUCAAUAAGCAGAGGUGGAAAAAUGACCUCGCUCCAGACAGCUACCCACAGAACAAAUGACUUAUAAACCUGAAAUCUAACCUCCCUUCUUCAUAGCACUUUGGUCUCCAUUUGUCCCAGGACAGGAAGCAUGUCCCCCAUAGCUUUCUUGCUUCAAAAAUUCAAACCCAUAUCCCAAGAUCAUCCGGAAAGGAAUUUUGCACAGACAUCUCCUCACCCCAGUGCCUGCCUGGAACUCACCCAAGGUCACCAAACAACUUGGUUGUGAACCAACUGCCUUAACCUUCAAGGGGAGGGGAGAUAGCUAGACUAGAAGACCAGAAGUGAAGGGGAAGUGGUGAGGACUUCACAAGGUUGGUCUGAAGGUUGGUCUGUGAAAGCUUGAUCAGAAGCCAAGUCAGUGGUGGAAAGGGAUGGCUUGGCCCAGGAAAGACCUGUGGGCUAUGCUAGUUUCUAAAGAGAUGGCUAUCCAGGAAGUAGGGUGGACAGAAGUUUGUGGAGGCAUGGGGGAAACGGGACCUGGUUAUGUUGUUAUUCUUGGACUGUGAAUUUUGCUGAUGUAAACAGACUAUUCUGUAAACCUAAUGUCUAUGUACAAAUAAUGAGUGUUAACACAGUAAAAUGUUCAACGAAAAAUCAAA